AUGGAGCGACUUACGUGGUGGUUUGCCUAUUUCCGCAACACGGGCCGGCAGGAGGCCGCUGCCCAGAGCAGCUGCCCCCUCUGCAAGGCCGAGAUCCAGCCCAAUCUCGGCUCCUUCGAAGCCCACGUCUGCGCAAACGUCUCCAGCCACUCCUCCCUGGCCAUCAAUGCUGACAUCGAAGACGCCUUUGGGUCUGUCACAAUACACAGCCCUCAAUCGCACCCCGCGGCCUGGUCCCCUGGGGCCACCGGUCGAGGCAGACCAACUAGGCGGCGGUCCGUCUCCGGCGGUCCGGCCACCAUAGACCGCGCCAACGAGCUGGAACGGCACCAGGAUCCCGAGGACCAAACUGAGGGCUACCAGCGUCGCAGCAAGAAGCUAACCUCCACGCCAGCCGCGGUGGCCCAGCUCCACGGCUCCUCGCCACCCGCUCCGUGCCGCAGCCCCGUGGGACCGAGUGACUGGAGUGAAUUCAACUGCAGCUUUACAUCCAGCUCUGACGAUGACGCAGGGCUAAAGACGCCCCGGCCCGGGCACUCUCAGCUUAUCUCUGGCAACGGACGGCAGUCUCCUCAAAAUACGGCCCAGCGAGACCCCCAAUGGAUCCACGGCUCGCCCGUAGAGCACUCUUCGGUGCCCGAGAUGAUAAGGGAGCCACAGACAAAGCCCAUCUCCCCUGAGCAGCUGGUCGCCGAGGUCGACGGCAUCUAUGCAGGCCUGGUCGAGCUUGAGUCCAAGUGCAGGGGGUGUAUUAGCACUCAGGACACGAAGCAACUCAGCCAAGAACAAUAUCAAGCUCUCAUUGCCUUACAUAGAUCGGUACUCCACGAUCAUUACGACUUCUUCCAAGCAAGCCAGCAUCCGUCAGCUAGCGAAGCCCUGCGUUAUCUCGCUUCGAAGAAAGCCAUGACAGUCAGAAUGUGGCGCCAUGGCAUGCAUUCCUUCUUGGAACUUCUUCGUCAUAGGCUCCCAGACUCAGUGGACCACAUGGUGACCUUCAUCCAUACCGCCUAUAGCAUAACGACGCUAUUAUACGAAACCGUACCGGCGUUUGAAGAAAUAUGGAUGGAAUGCCUCGGCGACCUGAGUAGGAUUCGGAUGGAUAUCGAGGAUGAUACUCAAGACAAAGAGACGUGGACAGAUAUUGCCAAAGAUUGGUACACCAAGGCCUCGGACAAAUCACCCACAAUCGGCCGUCUCUACCAUCAUCGUGCAAUUCUAGCGCGACCAAAUGCGCUACAGCAAUUGUACUUAUAUGCCAAGUCGCUUUGCGUGCUUAUCUCGUUCCCUGGCACGCGCGAUAGCAUCUUUACGCUACUUGAUCCGUUUUUAAACGGCUCACCCCACGAGCUUGACCCCGCUGAUGCCGCGUUUAUGCGCGUGCACGGCAUCUUCUUCUCCGGAGAGUCAAGGGAGAAGCUAGAAGGGUCUAUGAAUGAGUUUUUAAGUCUUCUUGACGACCGAAUCGAGCACGAAGACUCCUUUUUUUGGCUCGAAAAGGGGUACUACUUGAGCAUCUCUCUGUGCUGCUUGAUGUUAGAUUUUGGCGCAGAGUCCAACGUCUUGAUGCAGGCGCUAACAAGGCGCCAAAUAAGCGACCGGGCGAAUGGCAAGUCGAUACAGGAGACCGACUGGGACCCCGAAGAGAAGUUUGAGCAGUCUCUGCAGUUCGUCGUCCGGAUAUACGAGAUUGUACUCCGGAGGUUGGGAGACAUCAAUAUGCUCAGCUUCAUCCACACGAUGCUGGUCUUUAUGCUUCGGAUGUCUCAGCUUCCGGCUGCUAUGUCGCACCUCGAGAGCCGAUACCCUUGGGGGCUUACUUGCGCGAUGCUCAACUCCUUGCUCGGGAUGACAGUGACGAAGCCGCGGAUCGACACGGAGGAGUUUCCGGGUCCGCAGAAGCAGGGGGAGGAGCCCGUACCACUACCGGAAGACCAUGCACUGCGCGGGCUACUUUUUGCCGAGCACUUUUUCCCGAAUGGCUGGUUCGGCAACAGCAGACUCGACGAAACGAAGCGCUACAUGGAGUCGGCGUCCAGGACCCUAAAUCGAGAGAAGAGGCUGGAGCGCAUCCUCUGGAUUGGGCGCAACAUCGCUAACGCAGGGAAGUGGUUGACUUGGGACGCCAAGACGCGCCGGUUUGGGGAAGCAUCACCCCUUCCGUCUAGUCGAAAGGCUAUGGGCUUCGGCAGCUUGUCAUAG